UGGGGAAGAGACAGCAGCAACAAACAAAAGAAAACUAACAGAGAGCAGACGUGUUCUAGUUGCUUCUUUGGAAAUAAUGGGACACUGGUGCUGCGUCCAAGGAUGCAAUAGUAAUUCUAAACAGAAAACAGCAGAUGGGGCCGUACGGUUUUUCGUAUUUCCCACUUGGAAAAAAAAUACGGACCGCAGACAGAGGACUUAACAAAUAGGUGUCGGGCUCCGUGGGUCGCUGCUGUAAGAAGGAAAGACAUCACGUUUCAUAAAAUAUCUCCUCAUGCUCGUGUUUGCUCUCGGCAUUUUCACAAAGGUCAACCCGCAUAUGAGAUGAUGGAAACUGACCCAGACUGGGCUCCAUCCCUGCAUCUGGGCCACACUGACAUCAAACCAACAGACACAGACCGCUCUUUAAGACGUGGUUAUCGGGAACAGCUGAAAAAGAAUGCCCUGCAAGCAACUGAAACGGGGCUCCAUCGGGCUGAUGAAAUCCUUGAGCGACAGGAUGAAGUAACACAUGAGGCGACAGAGAACCCUAACCAGCAACAGACUGACACGCAGAAGGCUGCUGAAAACGUUGGCCGGCCAGACACCAAGGAUGACACAGAAGGUGGUCGUCAGGAAGGACAGACAGAAUGUAACCUGUGUGUGCUCAGGUGUGCAGAGAUGAACCGUCUUUUGGAAGAAAACAGAGAGCUGCGGCGUGAACUUGAUGAGCUGCGGAUCUCUGAUGGCUUCUUUGGAGACAGUAAUGAAAAAGUCAAGUACUAUACGGGUCUACCAAACUUGGCAACCUUUAUGGCUUUGUUUAAUUUUCUGCUGCCUCUCAUGUCUGCUCAAAAUAAAAUUCUCAGUCCAUUUCAAAUGCUUCUGUUAACCUUCAUGCGUCUGAGAUUGGAUCUGCCCUCACAACACCUUGCUUAUCUCUUCCGUGUUUCACCAAAGACAGUGUACAGAACAUUCAAUGAAAUGCUGUCAUUUUUAUAUGCAAAUCUGAAGCGUGCAAUUGUGUGGCCAGAUAGAGACACCUUGCACAAAAUUAUGCCUCAUCCGUUUGUGGAGGCCUUUGGACAUAGAGUCACAGUGAUUAUUGACUGUUUUUAAAUUUUCACAGAGAAACCAGCUAAUAAAUGAAUGCCAGAUCAAGUACUGUUUCAACUUUAUUCUUCUUUUUUUAUUCUUCUUUUCACACAAAUAGAAUUUUGCUUUUUUUAAAGUUACUUUUGAAAAAUACCAGCAAAACAAAUAUAAGUUUCACCAUCACUUCAAAUAUUAACAAUGUUUUCUGAAGUUGUAAUAAUGUGUGUACAAUAAAGAGUGGAUUUGAAAUUUGAAA